AUGUUACGUCAUUUUAUAAGAGCUUUGCAACCACUCAUUCCUGGCCGAGUACGGGCAGUGGGGAAUGAUAGUGCCUUCGAACGCAAUUCCAUUCGUAAAGAGGAGCAGCUGACCCAAGUUUUGAAACGCUCAUUGCCUGGCAUCACAUAUAUCAGCGUACAAGACAUUUCUGGUGGCUGUGGUGCUAUGUUUGAGAUCAGUAUCGAAGCCAAAGAAUUUGUUGGACUAUCAAGAGUGAAGCAACACCGCCUAGUGACAGACUCAUUGAAGAGUGAGAUAGCAGAAAUGCAUGGAAUACGUAUUCACACAACACCACCUCAAUCUAAUGUUGAAUAG